AUGGCUGGCCAUUUCAAGAAUCCCGCGUACUCGCAAAAGUUCCCUGACCGCCCCCAGUUCUCGGGAUUCAUGAAGCCAUGCCGAUUCCAAGGCGAGGUAUCCAACCUGGAGGUCGAAGGGUCGAUCCCUCCCGAGAUCGAUGGUACCUUUUAUCGUGUCAUGCCCGAUCCGCAGUUCGUCCCAUUGGUAGAGAACGAUCCGUGGUUCAACGGCGAUGGAAAUGUCAGCGCGUUCCGCAUCAAGGACGGGCGCUGCGACUUUAAGCAGCGUUAUGUGCACACGGAAAAGUUUGUGCGUGAACGAGAGGCAAAGAGGGCAUUGAUGGGUAGGUCCACAACGUACGAGGCAAGAUUCCUCAUUCCCAGUUCUGCAGGCCAUGUAACUCAUCAUACCAUUUUUGCUUGGACUCCAAAAAAAAAAGGCAAAUACCGAAACAAGUAUACGGAUGCCGUCGAGUUCAAAGUCCGCAGUACCGCCAACACCAACGUCCUCUACUUCAACGGACGCCUGCUCGCCUGCAAGGAGGAUUCACCCCCUUACUCAAUGAACCCGGAUACCCUUGAGACAACCGGGCUUGAUACCUUUGACGGCCAGCUGCCGAGCCUGACCUUUACGGCGCACCCCAAGCUCGACGUCCACACCAAGGAGCUCAUCUGCUUCGGCUACGAAGCCCGUGGCGAUGGCACCCCGGAUGUGUGCUACUUUACCUUUGACAAAACGGGCGCCAUCGUCGAGACAGUUUGGCUGGUCGCCCCGGUAGUCGCCAUGAUCCACGACUUUGCCGUCACGGAAAACUGGACAUGCGAUCUGGAGCGGCUAAAAAACGGCGGGGAGCACUGGCAAUGGAAUCCCGAUAUUCCGUUUUACGUUGGCGUUUUGCCGCGGCGUGGAGCAAAAGCAUCGGAUGUCAAGUGGUUCAAAGCGCCCAACUCCUUCCCAGGCCACACGGUGAACGCCUACGAGGACGAGUCGGGCAAGAUCGUGUUCGACCUGCCGCUGACCAACAAGAACGUCUUCUUCUGGUGGCCGGACGCGCAGGGCAACUCGCCGGACCCCAAGGAGAUCGCGGCGCAGCUCGUGCGGUUCACGUUCGACCCGCGGUCCGACGCGCUCGACCUGCCGGCGGCCGAGGUGCUCUGCAGGCUGGACUGCGAAUUCCCGCGGGUCGACGACCGGUUCUCGAUGGGCAGGCACACGCGGGCCGUCUUCGACAUGAUGGACCCGGCGCUGCCCACCGACAUGCCCGCCAUCAUGCGCGUCUGGGGCGGCGGCCACCCGCUGUACAACUGCCUCGGCCACCUGGACUACGCCACCGGCCGCCUGGACCGCUACUUCCCCGGCCCGACGCACCUCGUGCAGGAGCCCGUCGUCAUCCCGAGGUCCGCCGACGCCCCCGAGUGCGACGGCUGGGUCCUCGUCCUCGUCAACAACUACUCCACCAUGUCCAGCGAGCUGCACAUCGUCGACACCAGGGACUUUUCCAAGCCCCAGGCCAUCGUCUACCUGCCCGUCAGGCUCAGGGCCGGCCUGCACGGGAACUGGGUCGACGCCGAGGAUUUGAAGGGGUAG